AGCAAAUUUGGUCGCCAUGGGCGCGUGCAGCAUUUUUUAACCAUCCACUCGGAACGCGCCCAAAAAGAUGCCCAAAACUGCUGUAGUAGGCAGCUACCAAGUGACACACAGCCUUGAGGUCAGUGCUAGUAUCACAUGUAUGGCUUCUCGGCGCAUGUGAAGUAGAUAUCAAAUACACUGCCGAAGUGCUGCGUGUCGAACAACUUUGAUUGCCAACAUUGAUUUCUCUGACUUUAUUUCGUCCCAUUUUCGUUUGGAGACAUUAUUUAUUUUGUUAACAUUAGUUGAAAUAAAAUGACUGAGCAGUCGGCCCUGCUUCUGCGAAAACAGCUAGCAGAGCUCAACAAAAACCCAGUGGAAGGUUUUUCUGCUGGUCUGAUUGAUGAUGAUGAUAUCUAUCAGUGGGAGGUUGUCGUGAUCGGCCCUCAAGACACAUUGUUCGAAGGUGGAUUUUUUAAGGCACAUCUCAUUUUCCCUCAUGAUUACCCACUUCGGCCCCCCAAGAUGAAGUUUAUUACAGAGAUUUGGCAUCCUAAUGUCGCAAAGAACGGAGAUGUGUGCAUUUCCAUCCUACAUGAGCCAGGAGAGGACAAAUUUGGCUAUGAGAAACCUGAGGAGCGUUGGCUGCCCAUCCACACUGUAGAGACCAUCAUGAUUAGCGUGAUCUCCAUGUUAGCUGAUCCCAAUGGUGACUCGCCAGCCAAUGUGGACGCAGCUAAAGAAUGGCGAGAGGAUCCCAACGGUGAGUUCAAGCGGAAAGUUGCCCGCUGCGUGAGGAAGAGCCAAGAAAUGGCAUUUGACUAGACGCUCCAUCACCGUUACAUUUGUUUAGUACAUAUCAGUUCCCAUCUCCAUAUCUUGAGGUCAAAAACAGAAGUUUCAAUUUCAGGAUUUAUUUCGGCAUUGAUUUUAAAGCCCAUGACAAGCUCAUAUCAAUUGAAUAGGUUUAACUAUGUGUUGAAUUACAUUUAUGUGUGGCAAAGCUUCAUCACGUAAAUUGAAUUCUAACCAGCCCCCUGGAUAUGUCAACAUUAAUAGGCGAUCACCUAUAUUUUAGUAACCAGUUAUUUGGGUUUGCACCAUUUAGGGAUAUCAGAGCAAAGCCACCGUAGAAUAAUAUAUAUAAAUAUUAUUUUUUUUGAUCUGAAUGUGUGAGUUAUAGCACGUUUCGUUAAUACCAAUUACCCUCCACCCUCUAGUGUGUCUUACCCUCUAGUGUGUCUUAAUUAUUUAUUAUCUUAAUUAUGAUGAAAUGUACUGCAUGACACUUGUGUUUUGAUUUGCUUUUUUUUUUUU